AUGAAAAGGCGAUUUGUUGUUUUUCUGAGUUCGUUUAUGUUCCGAAAGAGUGUACCCGUGGAAAGCGGUUUGGUUCUACGGACACUUUUAUUUGUUGUUUUUCAGUUGUAUCACCCGAUUAAGAUGGUUGUGUUUUGUAUAAAGUCAAGAAAAAUUGUAAUGUAUUUAGAACGAUCGCCCGCGAUCGGAUCGCUAACCCAAACUAGAAUAAAAGUAUGGAUAAAAGAAAGUAUUGACCCGAAUAAAGUCCUGAAGUGUCACCAAGGAACCACGCGGCCGAAAGCACGAAAUAGGCCCACGACUACUUGGCGCGACAUGGUUGCGGUGCGGAAACAAGUAAGAGGGUCGUGUCAAUGUUUUUGGCCUAUUGCACUUUACCCAGUAAUUUAGGUCCAAGACACCGACAAAUACAGGAGGACGCUCUACUCCUAACGCUCGCAUCGCUACGAUGUGCUAAAAGACAACCAAUUGGUCAUUUUCGUUUUUUGGAAAAAAGAAACCCGGAAGAUGAAAAGAAAGUCGCUCGCGCAAGGCUGUUGAACAGAAAACUAACAUAAUUCGG